AUGGAAAAUAACACGUUACAUGCCCUACAGAGUGAAGUAGAAUUUUACAGACAAAACCAAAACGCUGUCGAAGACGAAAUAAGGACUCUGAUCUCCGACAACCAGAAAUUAUCUCAUCAGGUUGGGAUGCUGCUGAAAGAGAGACUGAACAACGCCCGACAAGCAAAUGGCAAAGAUGAAGAUGUCAGCAAAGAACUGGACGAGUUGAGAAACCAAUUGUCUUUACUUACUAAGGAAAGAGAUUCAUUGCAUGUGCUGUGGCAAACAUCAGAGAAAACUAUAAACGCUUUAGAAACUGAACUAGAAACUUAUCAGAGCUACGAGAAAAGAGGACAACAGCAGAAUACGACCGAAGAAAGAAGAGAAUUAGAACUAAAACUUGAAACCGCUUUAACAGAUUAUAUCGAAUUAGAAAAGAAAUAUAACGAAUUAGUCACUAAACACACCGCUUUAGAAAAUGACUUGAAAAAUAAAGACAAAGAAAUAGCAUCUUACAAAGAGCGGGGUAAAGAAGCAGAAAAAGAAUUUAAAGAUGUAACGAAAUCUUUGGAAGAACAUAGAAUAAAUUUCGCAGUGGAGAAGAAGAAUAACGAAGACUUGAAGGCACAGUUGGCAGUUUGUCAAAAAAAUUGUGUUGAGAAAGUAAAGAAAGAAGCUGAAGCUAAAUCGAAGUUAACUGAAGCUUUGCAGUUGUAUGACGUCGUAUCGGAUCAGAAGAAUGAGGCGUACAAGACGAUACAAGAACUAACCAGAGAAAUCGCACAUCUGAAACAUAUUCAAUUCAACAUAAAACAUGAAAUAGAAACAACAUGCAGGAAAGAGAUGGAUGAAAUAAAAGAAAAAUACAAUGAAAAAGUAUCCGAUAUGCUACAUCAUAUACGGAACUUGGAUUCUGAGUUAGUAGAGAAGGGACUAUUGCUGAAUAAAACUCUAAGAGAAAACAAGGUACUACAAGCGGCCAACGACAAUUAUUUGAAGCAACAAAAAAAUGAUUUAAGAUCAGUUGACCCCAAACUUGCUCUGGCAGAACAACGAUUAGAAGCAAUGUUUCAAGAACUGGUAGCAUCAGAGAGACGCAAUAUCCAAUUAGUCUGUGAGAAGCAAUGUCUCGCAGUGGACAUGCAGAGAGUGCAGGAUGUCCACACGAGGGAGACCAAACGUCGGGAUUGGGAGGAGAAGCUGUUGAGGACACAGUGCGAAGAGUUGAAAUUGCAGGUGGAACAUCUACAGAAGUCGUUAGAUGAAACUCACGAGAUGGUCAACAAGCUACAAAACAUGUUAUCGUCUAGAACAGAACUGAGUCUAAAAAUGGUAUCUACAAAGGAAGAGGAACUAGUGGAACUGAAUAAACAUUUAGAAAAUCAAAUGGAACUUAGUAAAAAAUGGAAAGAAUCGUACCUUGAGAUGACGGAGAAAAUGAAGAAGAAAUUAGAAGAUUUACAGAAAGAGAAUGAAGAUCUUCGUGCUAAAUUCAAAAUUGCUUGCACCGAUUCUCCAGAGGAAAGUGCUAGCUAA